AUGACGACCGUGCCGCAGCUAUUUUCCCUUGAGGGUCAGACAGCACUCGUCACAGGAGGCACACGAGGUAUUGGUCAAGCCAUGUCAAUUGCGCUGGCAGAAGCAGGAGCAGACAUUCUCCUUGUCCAGGUACCAACUCUCAACUUUCCACUAACAACCACCCAGCGCGAUACGUCGAACCAAGAAACUAAGCAAGCCAUCGAGAGACUCGGUCGCAAAGCUAGCAUAUACACCGCCGACCUCUCCUCCAACGACUCCGUCUCCUCCCUCGUCCCCGCAAUCCUCAAAGACGGCCACAGAAUCCACAUCCUGCUCAACUGCGGCGGUAUCCAAAAACGCCACCCAGCGCACCAAUUCCCCGAUGAUGACUGGCAAUCAGUCCUGCAAGUUAACCUAACAUCCGUCUUCACACUCUGCCGCGACGUUGGCGCACACAUGCUCUCCCAACCCGCCGACCUCCCCCAAUCCCGGCGCGGCUCAAUCAUAAACGUCGCCUCACUGCUCACAUUCCAAGGUGGCAUCACCGUGCCCGCGUACGCCGCGAGCAAAGGCGGCGUCGGCCAAUUGACCAAGGCGCUGAGCAACGAGUGGGCAAAGUCGGGCAUCAGCGUCAAUGCGAUUGCGCCGGGGUACAUUGCGACAGACAUGAAUACGGCGCUGAUUCAGGAUGAGAAUCGGGCGAAGAGCAUACUCGAGCGCAUUCCGGCGGGGAGGUGGGGGAAGCCGGAGGAUUUCAAGGGCGUGGUGGUGUGGUUGGCGAGUGCGGCGAGUGCGUAUGUUAGUGGUGAGGUUGUUACUGUUGAUGGAGGGUGGAUGGGAAGAAACAUCACCAUGUCCCUUCGAAUCACCUUCUCCGUCCCUGCCCUCAACACCACUACGUCCAUCUCUCUCCCACUCCACACUUCCGCGCAGAUAACCCGCACCCCAGCCGAAAUUGCUGCCAAGUUCAAGAACAACACGAAAUAUGGCAUGAACGCAUAG